AUGUGGCUGAUCUUACUUUGUUUGUUUCUCCCCAUCACUUUUGCUAAUAUCUUGAGACCCGAAAGGACAUCGUAUUCGGGUUACCGCCUCAUCUCAUUCACCACCAACAAACGCGCUGCUCAAUGGCUUCAUUAUUUGGAGGAAUACGGAUUUAAUUAUGCCGAGAACGAAGAGUCCGCUCGAAUUUUGGUGGAUAUUUUCUCGGAGCCAUCACGUUUCAAGAAAGAGGCCGUCGUUCUCGUCGCACCCGAGUUCUACGGGACAUUUUCGGACUACCUUCGAGUCUACGGUGUCACCGACAUGAAAGUUAUCAAAGAGGAUGUGCAGCGCGAUCUGGAGAUGGCAGCUCGAUAUGGAGCAAAGCGGCGAGUGAGAAGACAAUUGAACAAGGCUCGGGAUUUCAAAUUGGAUGAAUACCACAGCUAUGAUGAGAUGAUCGAUUAUAUGAGAAAAUUGUCAGAAGAGAAUGAACAUGUCGAGUUGAUUAAUGUGGGAAUUUCCUCUGAAGAGAAGACGCUUUAUGGGAUAAAAAUAUUUGGUGAUGGAAAAGCGGGAAAACCGUCGGUUUUUGUUGAUGCUGGUGUACACGCUCGGGAAUGGAUAGCCCCCGCCGCCGCGCUGGUCGUUAUCGAUCGAUUAGCCGCUCAAUACGGGAACAAUGAUACGAUCAGCCGGGUAAUCGACAAAUUCGAUUGGUACAUCGUUCCACAAACGAAUCCCGACGGAUAUGAGUACUCAAGGACUACGGAUCGUUUAUGGAGAAAAACGAGAUCCAGAAAUAUGACAGUGAACAAAUGGUGUGUGGGAGCGGACGCGAAUAGGAAUUGGGGUUAUCGAUGGGGUGGAGCCGGUGCCAAUCGCUCUCCAUGUUCGACGGUUUACGCCGGUUCUCACCCAUUCUCCGAGCCCGAGAUUCGUGGUCUCAAAGAAUACAUUACAUGGAAUAUCCCUCAACUCACCAUCUACGCGAGUCUACACAGUUAUGGACAGGUCCUCCUCUCACCUUGGGGUUACACUGAUGAAAAGCCGGAUAACUAUCAAGAUCAGAAAACCGCAGCCACCCUCGCGAUCAACGCAAUCAAGAACACGACUGGCUCCUACUACACCCAUGGGACGAUUUCAGAGCUCAUGUACCCAGCCUCUGGCACGUCAAUUGAUUUCAUGCAGAAUCGUGGUGUUCCCUAUAUUUAUGGAGUCGAGUUGAGACCGACCGAUUCAGCCAACAGUUUCGCUUUCUCUUUGCCACCAACAUUCAUCGAAAGCACAGGCGAAGAAAUGUUGGCUGCUUUGUUGGCAUUAGCCGAUUACGCGACCGUACAGAAAAGGCUG